AUGACGAUGCUGCCACCUUCAUCGGUGCAGUCGCCCUGUUUCUCCGUCCUCGCACUUGUGCGCCGCUUUGACCUCGUCGCGGGGGCGAGCAGCGGCGUCUCGCUGCAAAGAUCAGCAAUGACAGCAACAGCGCCGCAGGUAUCAUCGCCCGUGUGUGGCGGUGGUGUCGAGCUGGUGCUGUUCCCGUGUCAGCUUGGUGAGCCCACGCGGCCAAUCGGUUGGCCACCGGCCGCACUGCACGCUUGCACGGUGUGCGUGAAUGAGUCGUACGUGACGGCGGGGAUCCCGCGGUGCCCGACGCGCAGCGCAAGCCACCGCACACUCGCGGGACUGCCGCUCGCGCCGUAUAUGGGCGACCCCGAUGCGCCACUUAAACUCGUUGUCACGAGUCAUGGGACGUGGGCUGCGACGUUCCUGCUGGCGUGGUGCAGGGUGACGGACGUGCACGCAGUCGUGGAGCAGACGGUUGCGCGGCUGAUGAGUGCCGGUCCCUCGGCUGGUGAGUCAAGCACGUCCUCAGCCGCCCCCCCGCUGGAUAGUGACAGCAGUGCCGACGAGGACGACUCGGACCUGGACGUUGAUACUGGAUGGGUAGAGGACGAUGCUGUUGCCCCCGCUGAUGCGCACCACCACAGCUCCACUGGCAAGACUGCUGCAGGGGGGAUGGUGGAGGAUGAGAACCUCAUAGAUCAUGGCGAGGUUGUUGUCACGCUGCGCUGCCCGCUCAGCUACAGGCGUAUGCGGCUCGCUGGCAAGGGGCAGCACUGCGCCCACCUCGCCUGCUUUGACGUGGCGACAUACCUCGAGUCGGCACUCCGUAGCAGCGCGUGGAACUGCCCCAUCUGCGACGGCGCGGUGUUUAUGGAGAAUUUGCGCAUUGACCACACGCUGCAGAGCGCCCUCGACGGCCUUGGCGAGAAGGAGGACGCCGUGGUGCUGUUUGGCAAGGACCACCGCGAGUGGCAGCGCGUGCGGCAUGUCGAUGGCGCUUUGGGAAGUGCUGACGAUGAUGAUGAUGACGAUGACGACGACGAUGAAGAUGAUGAUGAUGGUGUGGGCGGUGGUGGCGUCAACGAUAAAGGAGAGUCGACACGGCAGCACCAGCAGCAGCAGCAGCAGCAGCAGGCGUUAGGCGCUGUUGUUGUUGUGGUUGACAGUGAUGAAGGCGAAGCGGAGGAUGCCUCCCCCAUCGUUGCGCAGGGCCGAAAACGCGCCCGCUCACUUAGUCCCUAA